AUGAUUCCCGCGCUUGAGGAAGCCACUGGUGUUCGCUUCCCAGAUAGUCAACAUCUGCAUACAGACGAGUCGAGAGACUUCCUCAUGGGUCUUCUAGAGAAGUAUAACAUCAUUUGCUCCCCACCUCAAACCAAUGCCCGCAUGCUCGACAAGCUCGUCGGCGAAUUCAUCGAAUCGCGAUGUACGAAUCCAACAUACAUCAUCCACCACCCCGUGAUCCUCUCCCCUCUCUCAAAGGCGCAUCCUCUCUAUCCAGGUCUUACCGAGCGUGCAGAGGCAUUCGUGUGCAAGCGCGAGAUCUGCAACCUGUUCACCGAAUUGAACGAUCUUUUUGAGCAGCGAGAAAGAUUCAAGGAACAGGCGAGACAGAAGGCUCAGGGUGAUGAAGAGGCGCAGGGGGUUGUGGAUGAGGAUUCUGUAGGGCGCUGGAGUAUGGAUUGCCGCCUACGGGUGGGUGUGGGAUUGGAUUGGAUAGGCUGUUGA